UUUUGACCUUUGACAGUAAAUUUAUAUUUCCUGUUGUUAUUUUUUCUGUUUUCUUCAUUUAAUCUUCUCAUUGUCAGUUAAAUACAACAUAACAAUAAUUUUUUUAUCGCUUAAGUAUAAAAAUUGAAAAAAUCCAAACAUGACAUUACAGAUAAAAUUGAUUGAAUAGAGGUUAACUGAUGAUACUUGAACCCUAGACUUAAACACUUGAAAUCAGGCUGAUGUUGAUGUUUAAAAAGUUCAUUGUUUCAGUUAUGAGUUUGCAUAAGGCACCCAGGAUUUGGAAUCCUUGUAAGGACCUUUUAUCAAAAGUCAAAGAAAAUAAUUAUGCCAUAGUUAUCCUAAAUACGCCAAUUAAUUUUAGUUUUAAUCCUGCUUUAAUUGUAGGGUUAUGGGAGCAAGCAAAAGUUAGAGUAACAGUGGAUGGUGGUACAGAACGAUGGCUAACAUGGUUAACAAUGAAUGAAUCAGAAUUUGGUGACAUACCACAUCCUGAUCUAAUCACGGGAGACAUGGAUUCUAUAAAGCAAGAUAUUUUGGACCACUACAAAGGAAUAUCAGCAACCACUAUAGUUAGAACACCUGAUCAAAACGAGACUGAUUUUUUUAAAUCCUUAAUUGAACUCCAAAAUCAUUGUAGCUCAAACGAUAUAAAGUUGGAUACCAUUUAUGUUCUUUCUGACACAUCCGGCCGGUUAGACCAAGUGAUGGCAAACAUUAACACCCUGUAUAAAGUGAGAAACAUUAUGAGCGAUAUUGAUAUAUUUUUAAUAGCUGCCUCUUCGGUUAGUUGGUUGUUAGAUACAGGUUCACACGAAAUAACCCUACCUCAGGAAUUGAUAAAAAGUAAAAGUUGGUGUGCGCUUUUGCCUGUAGGUGCUCCCAGUAUCGUCACCACGUCUGGACUUAAAUGGAAUUUAGAUGAGGAUACUUUAGAAUUUGGAGGUAUAGUUAGUUCUUCAAAUACUUAUGAUGGUACAUGUCCAAUAAACAUUAAAACUAGUUCUCCUUUAAUCUGGUCAAUGAGCAUUGACUCACUUUUAUAAGACAAACAUUUUCCAAAGAUUAAAAAUAUUUGUGCAUGAUAAUUUUCUGCAUAUCUACAUACGGUAAGCCCCACGCUAGUAGACACGGGUACCUAAUUGCUAGGUUUGGGCUAAUCCGGCCCGUUUUCACCUGUGUCUUUCAGGUCUGUCAUGUCAUGUGCCUCUCAUGAAACUAUGCAAAAUAAUUUUUUUCCAUACAAAAAAUACAUUAAUUAAUAGUAUUGUUGCUCCGCUUUAAAAUAACUUUAUUCAAACACCAACAAUAUUACAAUACUUUGUAACUUUCACAACUUUAACACAAAGACAACUACAAACUUCAAAUACAACUACUCUGUUCUAUUGUAGCAGAUGGAUUUCUACUACAAUAUUUUAUAAAAAAUAUCCAUUAAUUUUAAUCCUAUCCCAAGAAAAAUAUUAAUUUUUCUAAUAUAUUUUGCGAGUUUAUAUAUCUUUAAAAUUUCCAAGCCGCUCCUGUUCGCAUUGUAAAGGUUAGGAAAUUUCCUAUUUAUUUGUGUAGCAAUGAAGCGUUCAACUGGACAAGACAAAUACUGGAUACUGAAGGAGGCAGAAAAAUGAAUCGGCCUCACACGUUGGGCGACAUUUGAUAGCGUUUUGAGCCCCACACGUUGGGCGCAAUUUGAAUGAGUUGUUGAGAUAAGUUAUUUGUGACAUUUUAUCUCAACGAGGUAUUUAGAAUGGAUUGUCUAAAUCCUCCUUUUGCAGAACCGUUGCCGAAUGCCCCGUGAAAGUCGCUAGGUGUUUAGAGUUUAAGCAGAUGCCUAUCUGCUGAGCCAGAGCUCAGAAAGAUUUUUUUAGUUUUUGAAAACCGCUCCCGGUUAGGCAACGAGGUGAUGAGGCUGUGUCUGCCCUGCUAUAUGGUAUAUAUUAUAUGGUAUAUAUAGUAUAUAUGUCACUUGUGUUACUGCAGUGGAUGUCAGCGAGGUCCACACAGGGCACAAGAUUAUUUCUUUCCCAAGACACAGAAACUCUUAUCACCUACAGUUCUUAUUAGAGUCUUAACAUUUAAGUCUACUCGACUUUAAAGAGUCUGGCGAUUGAUGGCACGCUAGCCCAUUCCCUAAUGAUGUUUUGUUUUUGUUUAAUCCCCAUUAGCCAUUAUUUAAAUAUUUUGGUAUUGUUGUCCUGUCACACCCAAGAAGUCAAUGUUGGAUUUUUGUAGUUAUCGAAAACUGAAUUGGUAAUCCAGUUUCCUCUCUUCCGAGGAGGCUAUUGUAGCAGAUGGAUUUCUACUACAAUAUUUUAUAAAAAAUAUCCAUUAAUUUUAAUCCUAUCCCAAGAAAAAUAUUAAUUUUUCUAAUAUAUUUUGCGAGUUUAUAUAUCUUUAAAAUUUCCAAGCCGCUCCUGUUCGCAUUGUAAAGGUUAGGAAAUUUCCUAUUUAUUUGUGUAGCAAUAACCAACUACGUAGAUUGUUAUUGAAAACAUCCAUUAUUCGAGAAUGAAUCCUCUAAAAGGUUCAGUGUUUUUCCUUUAAGUUUUGAGCGAUAAAAAUCCCAUGUUAUUAUUGGUCUGCAUUUUGAAAGAUCCUUGAGUUGUAGUUGACGAUUGGUCAAUACUUUUGGCGGAACGAUCGAGAAGAAAUGCAUCGUUUGGACGCGAGAGAGACGUGACGAUGUAAAGCGAGUUCUAAAAGUACAUCACUUCAGUAAACAUCUUUUUGUUAGAACUCAACCAACAGACUCGUAGAAAGUCGCACUUUGCCGGCAAAAUGGUUUUAUUUUUAUGGUAAAAGAAGUGAAAGACUGGCAGUUUGCCCAGUAAAUGUCAACGAAUAUAAUGACAAUAGUUUCACGGCAUUUUAAUGGAUAUAUUAUUGUGAAACAGUUCUAUUGUUAUGCAGUUAGAUUUGCCGGUGGUAUAAAAAAGAAGUGCGUGGUUUCCUGGUUCCUGUCCUUUAUGUAGCUGUUGCUAUUUUUAUGAUAUAUGGAUUUGUUCAUGUUCCAGUAAGAAAUGCCCGGAUGAUAUUAUUUGGUAUCGAUUUUAUCCAGUUUAGUAAUGAUUUGAAUAUCUUCCCUCCCUCCAAUCUCGAAUGGAAAGUUUUGAAGUUCCAAGUGUUGUGACAUGGAUUUUUGUUUUAAGUUUUAGAACAGAAGAAAAUAUAAUGGCAUAGAAGCCAAUAAUGAUAAAUAAGUAGCCCACUAUAACCCCAACGAGGAAUCUACGAUGAAUGUCCCCCAGUUGCUUUCCAGUAAGUACUCGAUAUGAGAAUUUGAGGAUUUUUCGAACGGCGUCCCAAUUUGUUUAAAUAGUAGGAAAGUCCUCAAGUCUGUGUAAGUAUCCUUUGCUUAUUUGGUUAUGUAGUUAGUCUUCUUUAAACCCUCCUACCCCCCCCAACGAAUCUACGACCCGCCACCGCACAAAAAAAAUGAGCUGCCGUUCGCAUGAAGGUUUGCGUGUCUGUUCCUUCUACUAGCCCCAUUUCUACCCCACAGUAUCUCUAUAGAUAGUCUUUCCUUGUCCCCAUAGAGCAGACAUGUAAAACGCUUCACUAUAUACUGUCUACUUUCUAUGUUCAUAUUCGGUUUCUGUACAUUUUCUGACGUUCUAGACGUCACUAGACAUAACAGUAAACAGUGCAACAAUUGAAGGGUCCAGGACUGUAUUACAUAGCUCAAUGUACCCGUGUGUCUAGUGGCGUGGCGGUUACUGUAUGUUUAUACAAAUUAUACCAAUAGCGUGAACAAAAACGCCAAAUUAAACCCCCAAAAUGAGUGCUCCUCUCUAAAACGAGUAAUUUGAAUUAUGAUUUUGAUUAGUUUUAAUAUUAUAAGUUGUUUUUAAAAUUUUUAUCGAGUUGGUUAUGCAUUAGGUUUAUAAAAGUUGUUAUUAGAUAAUGCUUAUUGAGGCUUUUGUACUUAUUUUUAGUACAAAACCAGUAAAUGUUUUACAAUAUAAACUACUUAUUUACUAACAUACUUAAUAUACUUUUUAUUUAUAUGAUUACCCAGAAGCUUAGCUUUGGAAGAUUACUUAACUUUAUCUGAUAUUUUUUAUCUAUCUCUAUUUUUGGCAUUACUAACAUAUUGUAGCUAAUCAACUUUAGUCAUCUGAUCUUUAUUCUGUUCGAAAUAGUUUCUGUUUUUCAUAUUUUCAUUUGUUACAUGCUCAAGUCGCAUUGUACCAUCGAUAGUCUAUUUCAGUUGCAUUUAAUAUUUGUUUCUUUUUUACAAACAGCUGGUGCUACUAUACCUUGUUUUUAAACUAGGACGAGUAAUUCAAAUUUACCGCGCCCUGAUGCUUGUUUGUAAUUGGUUUACUCCACUAAAUUAUGAAAUUUUGACAGUAUUGACAUUUAAAAUUCAAAGGUUAAUUAAGUUAUAUGGGCGAUAUUUUGUGUUUUCUUUUUCUACGUUAUUCCUUUAAUUUUUAGGUUUUUAGUUUGCAUUUAUGUAUAUAAAAACCAGUUGUUUUUAUAACUCUUUAGCGACAUUUUAGUAUAAUAUAAUAUUUAUGGAUUAGUGUCAAAAGCAGACAUGAUCAACCAAAAAAGAAGAUGAAUCUAGUGAUUUUUCUAGUGACAUUAUUGGGCCUUUUGAGUUUACUCCUAGUUUAAAAAUAGGGUAUAAUAUUUUUGUCACACAUACGUUAUUUUUAUUUGAGAUAUUUGCAUCCUACCAAAUGCUUAACAUUUUUUUCUGUCCUUCUUAAUUAUGUGUUUCCUGUAUGUACCUACUCAAAACAUCGAUCCCUAUGAUGUAUCAUUUAUAUAAAAUAUUUACAUGUUUAACACAUUUAUGUAAAAAUUGUGCUGGUACAAUAUAUUACGAUAUAUUUGUUGCAUGAUAUAUCAUCCAAGUAUAAUGAGUUGCCUACUUGAUUCUGUUAAUGUUUGUUUUUUCUCUGUUACCCUCGGUGUCCAACCCCCUUUCAUUUAACUUAUCACACGCUUCAGUCGGGUCAAUAGCAACGAAGAUUCGAUAUAGUGCCGUUUUGACAAUGCUGUCAUGUUUGUUUUUUGUUUCUACGUAUUCGCUACCCCUCCUCUACCAUUUGACAUAUCAUGCAAUGGGACCAAUAGCAACAAAGAUACAAUAUAGUGCCCUUUUGGAAAUGUCGAUGUUUGUUUUUUUUUCUAGCAUGCCCCUCGGUGUCCAAUACAUACCCCUUCAUUUGACGUCUCGUACGUCACGAUCGGACCAAUAGCAACGAUGAUACGAUAUAGUGACCUUUUGACAAUCCUAUCAUGUCUGUUUUUUGUUUUUACGCAUUUUCUACCCCCUCCCCUUCCACUUAACGCAUCACACGCUCCAGUCAGGCCGAUAGCUACGAAGAUACGAUAUAGUGCCUUUUGGUAAUGUCAAUAUGUUUAUUUUUUGUUUCAACAUAUUCACUACCCUUGUCCUUUCAUUUAAGUCCUCAAACGUAGCAAUAGGGUCAGUAGUAAUGAAGAUAUGAUAUAGUGUCCUUAAUUUUUCUGCUUUUGUAUCCGCCAUCCCCUCCACUUUUCAACGAGCCCUCUUACGUCACUAUCCAGCGAGCCGUCGCGCCUCCACUACAAAAAUCGUCAAAAAUGACCAGAACGAACCUUAGCGAUUUCUUAUGGGAUUUUACGUGGCAAAUGAGGCCGUCCUCUAUUGCUCUUUAUGUAAUUUUGUACUGUAGCUGCAUGCUAAACGAAAUUUCUUUGGUAUUUUACGCAUGGUGGCAUUAUAAUUAUACCAUUUUUACUGAGUAAAACAUUUGUAUGAUAAUAUGUGAUUAUUUACAUAAAUGAUACAUCAUAGAUCCCCUUAUCUAGCCAGUCGUCAGAUAUUUUUUUAUUACUUUGGUCAUUGUUCAACUUAUUAUUUUGUUGAAAAAAUUUAUUAAAAUUUAAAAAGAUAUUUUGUUGUAAAUAACUAAAAAAUACUGGAAAUAGUGCUAAAGUGGCGGUAGUGGGUAUAUUUUACUGCCUUUUUAGUUAUUACUUUUAGUUUUUUAUAUAGAAUUUUUUUAGAGACUAGAAAAGUACUUAGUAAUGGUUUUAUUUGUUUUUAAGAUCUAUUGAAUAUUCUUAAGCGGUAUGUAUAUUUGUAUCACACUGCAAAGCUGUUAAAAUGAUUGCAAAAGUUAUAUAUGCAUAGAACUGAAAUCAGCUAACUAAUAAAUAUUCAAUAUAUUUAUCAUUGGUUUAUCAUCUCUCGGUAAUACUAUUAAAUACUUUUUAAAAGUUCCUAGUGAUGAUAUUAAUGUUUUACAAUAACCUUUAACUGUAAAAAAUGACAAUGUUUGUAGCUAUCUGAUUUCACUUCUUAUACAUUAUCGAUGUACUAGUUUACAUACACCUUGCAAAAUUUACAAACAAAAUAAGUCCUUAACGUAGAGAUAUUUUUGAUAUGGUUGGUACAGUAAAAAUAUCGUUGCACGUCAUUACUACGUCAGAGAUCUAAGUUGGCAUUGUUGCCAAAUUACAAAAGAAUUACUGAAUUCCUUUUAAAUGAAAUAUAUCACAUAAUUAUUGUAGAAGCUGAUUAUACAGCAAAACAAAUUAAUCAUCAUCAUUCUAUUUGCCUUAUCCCUAUGAGGGGCCAGCUUCCCUAAUUGCAUUUCUAAACACAAUUCUAUCUUGGGUCAUAUCAAUAUUAAUCCCCUUUACCAACAUGUCCUGCCUAAUCGUCUUAACAAAACAAAUUAAUAUUCAAUGGAAAUAAAUAAAGGAAUUUGAAACAGCAAACAAGAUUAUCUUACGUUAAAGUAAAUAAUAAAAACAAUAAAUAUAAUAAAACAAACACUUAUAGUAAAUAAUAAAAACAAAUCUGAAGUGUCAGCACCGCAACUGUCAAAUAAGUGCUGCCAAUUUAUGAUAGAAUGUCACCUUCGUUCAAUCACAGUUAAAAGUGUGAUCCGGAUAAAUGUGCUUCAUACAAACGCUUUAUAAUCCAUUUAUACAAAUUAAAUGAAACACGUUAUGGCAUAUUUCUUUAAAUUUACAUUAAUAGAAAUCUUCAAAUAUUACUUCUACACGUAUAUAAUACAAUGUAUCUAGUGGCUGUAAUUCCACUCUACUUGGCUAAACGAUUCUAAAAAGGAACGUACCUACGACUUAAAUAUUUUGUAUUGUAUCGCUUAUGAUUUCAAUAUUGAGUUUAGCUCUUCAUUUGCCCGUUUUAAGAUUCAAACUUUAUCUAAUCAAAUUUUUAAGUAUAUAUAAAAAUUUUGCAGUGUUAUGUAAACUAUCUAUUUUCCAUUCAAUGUUAUUUAAUUCUUUCGCUGUAGAAAAUUAACUAGUAGGUUAUAUUUAUAUAGAAAAUAAUUUCGCCAAACGGCAUGUCAGUUACUGUUACUUAUCCUUAUAUUAUAUAAACUGAAAUCAUAUUUUAACUUUACUCAGAAAACUCGCUAUUUCUUUGGAUACAUUUUAUGCUCUCUUUGUAAUGAUAUCACAAAAUGUAGUUAUACUUAACUGUACCUUCAGAAACAACGCAAGUAACCCAUCUACAUCUCUCCAUGUUUGCUUUUCACGGCGAAAGAAUCAGUAGAUAACAAAUUUUAUAUUACGUGCACAAAUCAUUUUUCAAUUCUAUUGAAAAUCUGUGAUUAAUUGUGAUAAGAUUUUCUAUACAUAUUUAUGUUGUCUAUUAAUAAAAAUAUUGUUAUCAA